AUGCAACACCCUGGGUCCCUGUACCUCAAGGUCCCUGGAUCCGUAGAUCCGUGGAUCCGUGGAUCCCUGGAUCCAUGGAUCCUUGGGUUUCUGGAAUUCAGGAAUCCAGGAAUUCAGGAAUCCAGGAAUCCAGGAAUCUGGGAAUCCAGGAAUCCAGGAAACCAGGAAUCUAAGAAUCUAAGAAGCCUAUGGAUCCUAAGAAUCCAGGAAUUCGGGAAUCCAGGAAUUCAGGAAUCCAGGAAUCCAGGAAUCUGGGAAUCCAGGAAUCCAGGAAACCAGGAAUCUAAGAAUCUAAGAAGCCUAUGGAUCCUAAGAAUCCAGGAAUUCGGGAAUCCAGGAAUUCAGGAAUCCAGGAAUUCAGAAAACCAGGAAUCCAGGAAUCCAGGAACCUGGGAAUCCAGGAAUCCAGGAAACCAGGAAUCUAAGAAUCUAAGAAGCCUAUGGAUCCUAAGAAUCCAGGAAUUCAGGAAUCCAGGAAUCUGGGAAUCCAGGAAUCCAGGAAUUCAGGAAUUCAGGAAUCCAGGAAUCCAGGAAUCUGGGAAUCCAGGAAUCCAGGAAUCCAGGAAUUCAGGAAUCCAGGAAUUCAGGAAUCUAAAAAUCUAG